AUAUUCGCUGCUUUGCUAUUACAUUUUCUUUCCUCAAAUCUUGUUUCUUCGGGGAAUCCAUUGGGGGUUUCGUAGACCUCGUGUCGGACGAUCUCGUUCUCUUUCGCACUGUCACCCUCUGAAUCGUCUUCGACCCCGGGCUCGAUCCGAGAAAUCAAAAUCCGAAUAGAGAAGAGUGGGAUAGAGCAGCAGCAGCAUGUUUCUGCUGGACUGGUUCUACGGAGUCCUGGCCUCGCUCGGUCUCUGGCAAAAGGAGGCGAAGAUCUUGUUCCUAGGCCUCGAUAAUGCCGGAAAGACCACCUUGCUCCAUAUGUUGAAAGACGAGAGAUUGGUACAGCACCAGCCAACACAGUAUCCUACAUCGGAGGAGUUGAGUAUUGGGAAAAUCAAGUUCAAGGCAUUUGAUUUGGGAGGACAUCAGAUUGCUCGCAGAGUCUGGAAGGAUUACUAUGCCAAAGUCGAUGCUGUGGUGUACCUGGUGGAUGCCUAUGACAAGGAGAGAUUUGCGGAAUCGAAAAAGGAACUGGACGCACUCCUUUCUGAUGAGGCCCUCGCUAACGUCCCUUUCCUUAUUUUGGGAAACAAGAUUGAUAUACCUUAUGCUGCCUCGGAAGAUGAGUUGCGAUACCAUCUUGGCCUGACUAACUUCACCACUGGCAAAGGGAAGGUAAACCUUGCAGACUCUAAUGUCCGUCCAUUAGAGGUUUUUAUGUGCAGCAUCGUACGAAAAAUGGGGUAUGGUGAUGGUUUCAAGUGGCUCUCUCAAUACAUCAAAUAGGGUAGUGGUCAGCAAGAUACUUAUGGCCCCUGCACCUGGAAGUCCCACCAAGGCACACCCCAAGCUACCCAUGAAAAUGUAUCAAAUUCCCCGUUUGUUUUAGCCUCUGAGUGGCUUUGAAUUGGAUGUAUUUUGUUUGGACAUGUGUGGAAAGAGGUUUUAUUGUCACUGCCCUGUAAGUUUACAUGUAACAGCAAAUCUUUCUUGGCGUUGUAAUUUGUCAUUAAAUCUCUUCAUUUACUAUAUAUUUUGAUAGUCAUAAAAUGGAAAACUGUAUUUGUUAUUA